AUGUCGACCACCCCACAACCCCCCUCCCUCCCCGAACCACCUCGCUCCCUCGCCGAAAUCGAAGCCGUCGAGUCCUCCCUCACAUUCUCCACCUUCACCGCAACCACCGCCUGGGACCUUGGCUGCCGUCUCCGCACCCACCUCCUCGCCUUCCCAACCGCAACCGUAAUCUCGAUCUCCCUCGCCAACAGCAACCAGCUGCUCUUCCACAGCGUGACGCACCCUGGCGGGACGGCGCCCGACAACGACAGCUGGGUGGCGCGGAAGCGAAAGACUGUGCUCCGCUGGGGAAGGAGCACGUGGUGGAUGCAUUGUAAGAUGGGCGGGGAUGAGGCCGCGUUUGGGGCGAAGUAUGGGCUGGGGGAGAGUGCGGGGAGUUAUGCUAUUCAUGGGGGCGGGGUGCCGGUUAGGGUCAAGGGAGUGGAGGGGGUUGUGGGGGUUGUUGUUGUGAGCGGGUUGAAGCAGGAGCAGGACCAUCAGGUUGUGGUGGAGACGAUCAAGGAAUACCUGGCUGAUCAGGGGAGUUGA